AUGCGUCUAGGCCACCUCCAUCUCUCCCGGCCGCAGAGGAUAUGGCCCUAUCAGCGGGUCGCGGCCCUUCAAGACCAGGCCGUGGCGAGAUAUCUGGCCGCGAAAGCACGGCCUGAUCUAUCUCCGCCCAACCCUACCAUCAUUACUGCCGAAUUCAGCCCUGUCUACACCUGCGGCCGCAGAGAAGUCGGCACCGUCGAUGCCAAACAGCAGGAAUUCCUCCGUGCAAAUGGCGAGGCCGACUUUGUCGAGGCCCUGCGCGGAGGCCAAACCACUUUCCACGGUCCUGGCCAGCUGGUUGCCUACCCCAUCAUCGACCUGAGAAGGCAUCGUAUCACCCCGCGCGACUAUGUUUGCCUGCUCGAAAAGACUGUCAUUCAAACCUGUGCUGCCUACGGUAUCAAAGCCAUGACCACAGAGCACACGGGCGUAUGGACUACCCCGGAAAAGAAGAUAUGUGCUCUCGGCCUGCACAUGCGACGGAACAUUACCAGCCACGGCAUUGGCCUUAAUGUUAACACCGACCUCAAAUGGUUUGACAGGAUUGUCGCUUGUGGUCUUGAAGGCAAAAGGACUACUAGCUUCGAGGCCGAGGGCGUUGUGGGGAAGACAGUCGAGGAAGUCGCCAAGUUGUUUGCCCAAAAUUUCUCUGAAAGGCUUCAGGCCGCUGGAGUUGACGAGAUGAACAGCGAAGAGGACUAUUUACAAUAUUUAGAUGCCAAAUAG